CAGACACAAUCGAACCUCUCUCACAUCACAGUUCCGAACUCCAUUUCCUAUCAAAACAUAAUAUCUCAACAUCGCAGCAUAUGACAUCUUUAAUUAGGGUUUUGGUGUUCUCGAUUAGGGGAUUUUGUUAACUUCUCGAUUGGGGUUUUGUUCUCGGUUCAAGUUCAAGUCAAGUUCAGUUAUCUCGAUUAGGGUUCUUAAAGUUCUCAAUUAGGACAUCGCGAUAUAUAGGGCUUUGAUUGAAUUCUUGUUUUUCUCUUGCUAAACUUUUAAAGGACGGAUAUUGCUCAAGUUAUGAACAAAUCCCAAAUGCUGUGUACAGCGGAGAAUUUCUGGAUCUGUCACUGUGUACAGAUAUUAUCUUGCAUGCAGAUAAGCUUAUUGAUCCACAGUACAUCUUAUUAAUUUCUGAGUUAGAACUUGAAGAAGUGGUAGAAGAUAUACGACUAAAGUGUGCCAGGUUUCAAAGAAUAUUGACAUCACAGAUUAUAAGAAUCUCUGUGCUGCUGCUUUUGUGUUUCUCAGGUCAUCAGUUUUUUUAAUAAUUGUUUUUGUAUUCCCAUGAAACUCUUCAGGCUUAGCACUGUUGUAUCUGUAAAUGUUGUAAAGAUUCAGAACCUUAUUAUUGCUCAAGAAACUAAUGAAGUUGACGGUAUUGUUUGCUAUGGAUGAGGCUGACCAGGAUUAUGAUAAUACCAAGACAAGAAAAUGCGGAUGCAGAUUUUUACAGCAUUUACGAUGAUCAAAUAAAUAUGGUUUUGGAGCAGUCGGGAAUACAACCAAGUCUGCAGGUGGCUUUACUACAGUCUACAGGGCAAAGAGAAAGUGUUGAAAAUAAGGAGAAAAUGCUUUUGGAUUCAAGAGAAGACUGGUGUUCUACCCGGAAAAAUGCAAGACCUUGUGGUAAUCCAGUCAAGCUAGUUGCCAUCCAUGGGCAUUAUGCAGAUGUAGGUGACUUUGCCGCUCAACCAUCUUGUGCUUUAAAUGCAAGGCCUUGGUGUUUUAUAGGAAGAGGAUCAGAGUGUUAUAAUACCUGUACGUGGGUCUGCGAAUCUUGAUUCUUGGCUGGGUGAAUAAUAGUCCUGACAUUUAUAAAGAGCUGAUCAGCCUGGCAUAGAAGACAAUGUACGGAACGAAUAAUGAAGUAGAAAGUCCUGCUUCUAUCAAGAGAAAGAGGACUCUACCCCCUGCAAAAAAGUGGAUAAUAACAUCAUUUACGUAACUCCAAUGCCUUUGCAUUCUUCAAUAGAAAUGAAAUUAUCACUUAGCACCCAACACUUACAUGUAAACUUUAUUUUAGUUGUUUUGAUGUUCUAGUUAGAAAUUAUGAUUGGGUUGCUUUGUAGUUUUCUUGUUUAGGAAGGGAUUUAUGAAUGUACAAGACAGAUAUUGCCAAAUUUUUAUUGAAAGUGUUGC